AUUAGUGUUAUGUUUUGUUUUGCCACGUUCCUAAACGCUCAGCCGUAGCUGAUGUGUGUGUCGCUUCACAUGCAGUCUCUUGCUGGGAUGGCUACAUGUGAAGUACUUCACAUGGACAAAUACUCGUACUUCAGGGAUCCGGUGCAGUCUCCCACGGGCUUCUCUAGUUUUAUCAGGACACCAUAUCUACCUUUUCGAAGAACCAGACGCCAAUGACCAAUGGUUCCCAAGAGGCGUUAUGCUGCAUGCAUACUUUAUCAAUCUUUAAGCUCGACCGGAAAUUAUCCCAGAACGCAGUCGACUUGACCACACUUUCAGAAGCUAUCUUCCCACAGACUAAAGGACAAUGGGGCUCGAAUCAAGACGGUCGCCGGUAAACUUGGUAUUCGAAAGCCAUGGUUCUCCUGGCAAAGGCGGGAAAUUCCUCCUUGCCUACGACUCAGAAAGGCACUGCGAAUCUCAAGUCAGGUUUCUGGCCAGUCACAAGGGCGUCACAGCAAAGACUGCGGAAACAUUGAUGGAUGAUCGGACGGUCUGGCAGAUUACCGUUGACGGCCUCAAUGUACAAGCAAUUGAAUCAGCAAACUCUGAUGACGGAUCAUCGGUAUAUCGUCUUACUGUUCCCAGCUCGAAUGCAGCGCUCCGGGCAAUUCAGUGCUUGGGACUUCCAGACACUCAUAUGGAAUGUAGCGAAGACUCGGUCCGAUGGUUGAUAAUCGUUAAGUCCACCUUUACGCAAGCUGAAUUGGACAAACUGGCGUUCACGGAUGUCGAGCGGGCCCAGAUGUCAAUGGCCAUAGGAGCUAUACCCAGGAUAUCGAAGCCUGCGCCCAAACCAACCCCGCGUAUAAAUGAGGAGGAUGACGUAGCUCUACCUCAAGCACCCGUCUCUGGGCCAGCUGUGCCUGUAGGAGAAUCUGGCAAGCCAAAGAAAACUGGGAGAGCCAGAGCUUUUAUGAAACGUUUUGGCUUGUAAUCCGAGUAGAAAAUGAUAAUCUAGGCACCCUUUUCUCUCAUCUAAUAGCACUAUGCCCCUUCUCAUACUG